AUGAAGGUUCUUAUAAUUGUAUGUGCACUCAGUGUAAGCCUUGUUAUGGUUCAAGGAGCCUGUCCCGCUGGAUUUACGUAUUGGGCUGACAAUGGUUACUGUUACAGAUACAUUUCGAGUCCCGCUGUUUUUCCUGCCGCUGAUAGUUACUGUGCAAGCCUAGCUUUAGGGUGUAAAUUGGCGUCAAUUCAUUCAUUGCCAGAAGAAGGAUUCGUUAAUAAAAUAGCCCAAACGACCGGAAAUUACUGGAUUGGACUAAAUGACGUAUUAGAGGAAAACAGCUGGGUGUGGACGGAUGGUUCUGCUGCAGUGUGGAAACAUUGGGAUUGUAGCCAGCCUAAUGGAGGAACGGCAUCCAAUUGCGUUGCUGGUAAUUACGGGUCCAGCGACCGAUGGAGGGAUACCACUUGUGAAGCCUCGCUUCCUUAUGUUUGUAAAGUUAAAGCAAUGUAA